AGCUGGAUUUUCUACAUCAACCUGAAGGCAGCACCAACACAACAAGGACAGCAGGUACCUCCACCUGCUGGCAAAUGUGUUAACUACAUCCAGGCGGAGCAACACAUCCUUCAUUACCGAGCCGACCACAGCGAAGGGGGACAGAGAGGGAAGCUGCUAAAGCCAACAGAUGUGAACUGGACUGCGGGAGGAGAAAACCCAGAAGUGAAGACAGAGAACCAGCGACUCUGCUAAUAUGUGGCAACCUGCGUCGGAGCGGCUGCAGCACUUUCAGACAAUGCUGAAGACGAAGCUAAACGUGCUGACACUGAGGAAGGAGCCCCUGCCCACGGUGAUCUUUCAUGAGCCCGAGGCCAUUGAGCUCUGCUCUGCCACGCCGCACGCAAAGAGCAGGACCCACACGGGAUACAAGGUGACCUACCUGGGCAAGAUGACAAUCUCCGGGACCCAGUUCCUGUCAGGCUGCACGGAGUCGGCGGUAGUGAGUCUGGUGGAACGUCGUGCCUUGGACCAACAGCAGGGCACCAGUCCCUCGAGCAACUCCCUGCUGGAAAUCCGCCCCUUCCAGGUGCGCCUCCACCACCUGGAUGAGCGCGGCGAAGUCUCUGUAACCGUGGACGCCUACCAGGUGGCGCGCAUCGCUUACUGCACCGCCGACCACAGUGUAAGACCCAACAUAUUUGCGUGGAUCUACCGGGAGAUCAACGACGACCUGUCCUUCCAGAUGGAUUGUCACGCCGUGGAGUGCGAGAGCAAACUGGAGGCCAAGAAGCUGGCGCACUCCAUGAUGGAGGCCUUCCGAAAGACUUUCCAAAGUAUGAGCAGCGACGGGCGCAUUCACAAGAGCGGCUCAACAGACGACUUUGCGGAAGACUCGUCCACGCCUGACGACUUAACCCCAGAUGACGGCUGAAGUCGAAGGCGCUUACGUUCUUGAUUUCUGUUCUGACAAAUUGAGGGGGUGACUGGAUGGACAGAAUAACUGCUCUUAUUCGUUUCCCCUGUCGUCCCCUUUUUAUUUCAAAUUUGGUUAAAAAAAAUAUAUAUAUAUAUAUAUCUCCACUGUAUGAACCAACAUGCCCAGGAUGAUGAAGUAGCCUAUAAAUUGAGUGAAGGAAAGGCAGAUGAAACGGUUUAAAUAAAGACCUUACAGACAUUAAAGUACUCUAUGACCCUCAUGAGGGUUUGAAGGCCUACAAAAAUGCUACUCAUCAUUUCUUGUUCAGCUUCUGUUAUUCUGCACCUCUCAAAGCCUGUCUGUGGUGCAUUUUUUUUUUUUUUUUACCACAACACAAAGCAAUUUUUUUUACCCAAUGCCAUACUAACCUUUUUGUUCUUCUUGCCAUGUAGGGACCAAACCAGAGUAGAUAGGUGGCCUAUUUUAGGUUCACACUCAGAGUUUAGAGCCGGCGAUGAUUCUUUAGCUGUUUCUCUUUUGAAAUAUUUUUGCCUUCGUAACAGCAAAUGCUGAUGAGGAGAGGGAGGGCGGGGGGGCGUUCACUAAUGUUACCUUUUGUGAUCCCCAAAAAGUGGUCACUUAGCUUGAAUGAGAGAGCGACAACGUGUGUCUCUGUUUUAUUGGUACUGAAAGAUACAGAGUGUCUGUAAGACAUAAUGAGAAAUAGAUUAUAUUUUAGAAGUUCUCACUGGACUAGAAGCCUGGGCCGGUCUGAGACACCUUAAUCGUCUACAUCUGACGUUUGUUUUAUGUAAACCAAAAUCCAGGCUACAUUUUGCCUGUCAGAUUAUGUGCCUCACUUUCCUGUCUUGUCUCAGUGGCGUGUGUGCUUUUUAUGUUUUUCUUUGUAUGUACAGUAGGUGUCGAUGCUUACUUUUCCUCUGUAUGUAUAUGCAUGAAAAUGCAAGCUUCUGGGUGCGAGAGAGUAGAAAGACACGAGGAGUAAGUGUAUGAAACGGUGGGGAUCGUGUUUUUUUUUUUUUU